UGAAAAAUUGAAGUUUUCGGUUGAAGAUGCCCUUAAAAAUCACAAAUUGCCACUUUACAUCGACAUUUUAAUUCAUCAGCUAUAUGUUUAACUAUAAAUUCUAACCCGUCGAUUCUUUAAGCAAACGGCUAUAGUAAUGGAGCGCAGAGCGGCAAUGGAAAUUCACAGCACCAACAAGCUGAUCAGCCGCCACCACUCUGCUCCACCUCCUCCUCCUCCACCCACCCUAACACGCCACGCCAAACUUCUCCUCACCGUCCUCAACUGCCUCCUCCUCAGCGUCGGCAACUGCAGCGGCCCCAUUUUCCUCCGCAUCUACUACCUGCACGGCGGCCGCCGCAUUUGGCUCACUUCCUUUCUUGAAACCGCCGGAUUCCCCCUCCUACUUAUCCCCCUCUCAAUCUCCUACCUUCACCGCCGCCGUUCCAAUCCUUCAACGCCUCUCCUCCACCUCACUCCCCGUCUCCUCCUGGCCUCGUCUGUUCUCGGGGUCAUCACCGGCCUCGAUGACUUCCUUUACAGUUAUGGCCUCAACUUCCUCCCUGUCUCCACCUCCUCCGUCCUCAUCGCGUCUCAGCUGGCUUUCACGGCGAUCUUCGCUUUCUUAAUAGUGAGGCAGAAAUUCACCCCCUUUUCGGUCAACGCCGUGGCGUUGUUAACCAUUGGCGCCGUCAUCCUGGCUCUGCAUACGAGCGGUGAUCGGCCGGCGGGGGUGACUGCGGCGGGGUAUUGGAAAGGGUUUGUUUUGACCAUUGGGGCGGCGGCGCUGUACGGGUUGUUUUUGCCGUUGGUGGAGCUGACUUAUGACAAGCUAGCUGGAAGGGCGGCGGUGACUUACACUCUGGUCAUGGAAAUGCAGCUUGUUAUUGGAUUUUUUGCCACUGGAUUCUGCGCCGUCGGGAUGAUUGUCAACAAGGAUUUUCAGGCAAUCCCAAGAGAAGCAGC